AGUAAAAGUAGGGUUCGUCAGGUACUGAUAGAAGAGGGAAGAUCGAAGACUCUCUCCGGAAUCGCUCCUCUCUAUUUGGAUCUUGAGUAUGGCAGGAAGAAACCGUAUGCCUCGCCAGCCUGAUGGUUUCCAUGGUUUUCGUGAUGGCCCUCGACCUGUUUUACACCGAGGACCUGGACCCCUCUCUGUUCACCCUGCAGCUCUGGAGGAGGAACUUGAGAUCCAGUAUAGAGAUAUGCAGAGAUUUCAUGCUGAAAAUAGGCAUGUGAUUGAUGAAAAUGUGAUUCUUGAAAGGGAGCUGGCUGCUGCAAAAGAUGAGAUUCGCAGAUUAGGUCAGGUAAUUCCUAAACUUCGUGCUGACAAAGAGGCACAAGCAAGGGAGUUGAUUGAGAGAGGAUUGAAGCUAGAAGCUGAGCUUCGUGCUGCUGAGCCUUUGAGGGCAGAGGUUAUGCAGUUAAGAGCAGAAACUCAGAAAUUGAAUGCUUUACGGCAGGAGUUGUCUGCCCAAGUUCAAACUCUUACAAAGGACAUCACUCAAUUGCAAUCUGAAAACAAGCAACUCAAUGCUAUGAGGACUGAUAUUGAUGGAAUGCACAAAGAGCUAUUGGAAGCCAGGAGAGCUUAUGAAUAUGAGAAGAAAGCAAAUGAGGAGCAAACGGAACAAAAGCAAGCAAUGGAGAAAAACCUCAUUUCCAUGGCUCGUGAAAUAGAAAAGCUAAGAGCAGAGCAAAUGGGUGCAGAGAGGAGAGCACGUGGACUUGGUCCUGGGGGUUAUGGAAUGUUGAAUGGAAGCCCUGAAAUGAGAUAUUCAGGUGGUGCAUUUGGUGAUAUCUAUGGUGGUGGAGCUUGGGGACCUUAUGAUAAGCGUGGCCCUCCCCGACGUUGAUCCCUCGUGGAGAUGCUGUGCAGUUGAGUUUGCAUGUCUGGGUUUUUUUUCUUCUCGGUGUCAGUAUCUAGAUAGUUUCUCCUUGUCUUGUGGAUAAUUGGUAGAGUGCUGUCAUUUUACUUUGCUUAAUACAUUUUCUUUUCGGCCUUCUGGCUUCAACCAACAUUCAGCUUUUUUAGUUGGAAACGGAGAUGCAUUAUAGUUCUCUAUCA